ACACUGUAGUGUUGCUGCAUAUGACAGAGGGGGUGUUAAGGGAGGCGUGGACGUGUACCCGAGCCUCUCCAAAGCUCUUCAUCUUUGAUUUGGGAUUUUAGAAGGCGAGGUGACGUUGAGGAGCAUCGUUACCCUCUUUGCUCCAAAGAUCACCUUUACAAAGCACACUUUGCUGUGUGACUGCGAGUCGGAGAGCUAUUCGUAUUAAGGAAACCGCAUUUUCCUUUCACUUCAAUGUGCAAGUUACGGUAGGAUUUAUGACAUGAAGCUAUAAAUAUGAAAGGAACUGUAAGACAAACACCCUCUGAUUCGUUAUUUGACGUCUGGACCAUAUGAGAUCAGCUGCACAUGGACAUCUACACUGAUGGAUUUUCACUCGAUGCUGGUGGGAGAUUAAUUUGACAAGUGUGCUGCAUCCUCAUCAGGCUAUGAUUCAUUUUGGGAAUAUCCUACUAUCCAUCCUCGCGAAAACCAUGCUUUUCAACAUACUGGCAUUGAUUCUCUUACAAGGUGUCUUGACAUCCGAUGCCUUGGUCAUAUCCGAGGUCAAGCCCGGAGGUCUCCCAGGCUCCAGCAGGUUGUCUGGCUCCGGGCGAUCUGAGGUAACAGAGAUUAAGUCCAGACCCAAGCGCUGCACUUGUUAUUCCUACAAGGAUAAAGAGUGCGUCUACUACUGCCACUUGGAUAUCAUCUGGAUCAACACUCCCGAACGCACUGUGCCCUAUGGAAUGUCAAGCUACAGAGGACCUCAGCGAAUCAGACGUGCUCUUAGUGGACAAGCAACUGAACGUGAAGGGGCAAAGACUCAGCGCUGCAUUUGUGUUCUGCUUGACUCAGACCCUGAGUGCCAUGAUUUUUGUCUGUCAAGCUUCCUGCAGACAUUGCCAACCAGGAGUCUCCACAGAGUCCCAGGUCCUGGAUGACAGUUAGACGCCUGUCCAUCUUCUGCUCUUCUCCUCAGUGGAAUGGACCUUUCCCUCCUCUUCGGCCCUUUCACUCUCUGUUUGGCACUCUUGCCUCUACAGGUCCACUCACAAUCAAAGGGAGAACUUUGGAGUUUGACACUGCCGAUGUUCCUCAGCAUCAUACCUCUUGGAGCAAGUUUCAUCAGGCCGAGUGGUUUCAAGAACUCUUCAGCAAAUUUGAAACAGAUCCCUGGAGGCUAUCCCCUUUUUGUUCCCCCCUGAUAGCAGUAUGAGGACUAUUUCACCAUAAUAUAAUCGCCAAUGGCCUUGCUUCUGUCAAGCUUGAUCAAACAAACCUUUUGUAUUCACACUUGGUAACAGAGUGUUGUGGACUACACUUGACUAUCUAGAUAAGCUUCUAUCAAUCUAUAAGGGACAACAAAGACAUUUCUACGAAAAUGUUGACAAGCAAAAAGUACCAUGAGGAGCCAUGGAAAGUAGGAGCAAGGCAUGCUAUUGUAAUAUCUUGCCUUUAAAAACAUCAAAACACGCAAACAAAGGAGAAAGCUUAUGACCUCCUGCGUUUUGGGGCAUAUUAUUGAGCUUUGCUUUAUGAGACUAUUUAAAGUCAAUCUGAAAAGCAUUCACACCCUGACAGUUUGGAUAUUUUGUUCAUAUCAUUUCUUUCAGCAAUAAUAUAUCAUUUGUGCUCUUUGCAACUGAACUAUCAUAUCCAUUGUGCUUUUACCUCACUGCCCCUGGAUAACAUCGACUCUGUAGAAACUGUAUUAGUCCGAAAAAUCUGAUAGUUCCAUGUUCCAAUGCAGCUAAUAACAGCCACUUAUCCUUUAGCUGUCAUUAAUUGCUUGGAGCUGUGCAUUACUUACAGUAUAUGUUAAAGAGUAAGGCUGACCAUAUUCUAUAUUUUUCUUAUUGUUAACAAAUCCCAUGAAAAGACCAAAACCAACAGUGAAUUGGUUCUAUUAACAAGUAUUGCCUGUGUUGUCAAAGCCUGGGCACUGUAGUUUAUCUAGAGUCAAUCCCACAUACAUUGUCCUACUGCCACAAAUAGCACCAAAUGUAUAUUAAUCCUCAUCUGAAAAUAGUCCUCCUGUUUGAGUAACAUUUGCUAAAAACUACAGUGUCCAGCUAUUUCAGGAAAAUACUCAAAAACUAUAUAUUUGCGACUCAUUUUUACAGAUUUACAUCUUCAUUAGAAAUGAAGAUGAAAGAAAGAAAGAAAUAACACCAACUUUACCCUUUAUGUGAAAGAUUUGAAGACUGAGCCGCAUUUUAGCAAAUCACAACUCGACUUGGGGUGAAGAAAAAAAUGAAAGCACCAUGUUGCCCAAGGUCUAAACAGACUGUGGUUCAAGUGUGUCGAAUUCAAUGAAGCCAUGCUACUAUAGAGUUAAAAAUUAUAAAAUAACAUGCAGUGCUCUACCAUAGUUGAGCGAUUGUGUUCCUUGCUUCUGGGGCCACAUGUGCCCUUCCACUGGCCAAUAAUUGAAUCCUUCCAGUUUCUCUCUCCUGUGUCUCCACUACUCUGUCUCCCACAAGAAAACUACAGUUAACAUCUAAUACAGACAAGCUUUUGUGUUGCCUCUCUUUUCUGUCGGGCAGCAUUGUGUCUCACCAAACCAAACUGUUUACCAAAUAGCAGUCUACUCUAGAAAACAGCAAGGGACAAUGAAAGCAGUAAAUGGACAAGUAUUUGUUAGUGCCCAUUGGUUUGUGGUCCAUGUGGUUACAGUAAACUGAGAGCAUUUCCAUAAUUUCCAAAAAUGGAGUUUAAUGUUAGGAAGCAUUUACAGACAACACACUCUAAGUUUGGCACAACCUUUCCAGUGUGCCCUGAAGCUUACAAAGGCUUUUUUUUUUCUAUAUUUAUAAUAAUUUGCCAAAUUUCUUGGCAAGAAUGCAUCACCACUUGUUUAGUAACAGCAUUCACUGUUGCUAAACGAUUUAAUAAAAGUACUGCAAAGAGAAUUAUAGUGAGCUAUUGUUGCCUUUUUGUGCAUGCUGCAGCUUGGAUCAAAAAGUGGACAUCAAAAAUGUAUUUCCAUUCUGACUAUUUAAGUGCCAUUGUGUGGCUCCAUCUUUAAGUAAAUAAGUCAUUGUGGUCCAAGCAAAUAGUGUAUAGUGGGUCACAUUGUACACAAGAUUAUUUAUCUAUGGGAAUUAUUACUUUACAAAACAUGAAGAGGAUUUACAUUACAUAAAAAGUAUCAUAAAACACUACCAGUACAAUAUAGUGUGUGUGAGAAAGAGAGAGAGAGAGAGAGAGAGAGAGAGAAAGAAAUGGAAAGAGCGUGAACAUUAAAGAGCAUGUAACUUUAUAGAACAUACUGAAUCAAUGCACAAGAAUACUGUUUACUUUAUAAAAGUUUCUCAUUUAAUGUAUAACCACAGUAUUCAUAGUUUUGUUAAAGCAUCAAGUGGCAAAGCUCUUCAAGAGUUUGACAAUGAUCAUACCCAUGAUCUGACAUGGAAAAAUGGAAACAAAUGUGUGGUUGCAAAUUACAUAUACCCUUUCAAAAAAUAGUUGCCUCCUCAUUUUGUAUAUAGUAUGUAUGACUUUAUGGAUAUAUAUAUUUAUAUUUAUAAGUCUCAUAUUUCUAUAUCUCAAUACAUCAACAGCUAUAACGGGAUAAUAUAAAGGGAAUAGAUAUGGAAUGGGAUACAGUUUUUUUAACCAUAUAGCAAAACAUCUUGUCAGAAACUAUGCUGCAAAACUAAUUGCUCAGAAUUAACCACUAGUAUUUAUAUUUUGUUAAUAGUUACUUUCCUGACAGUUACCAGCUAGUAAUAGCGUUUUCACUGUUGGUAUGCACCAUGAUAUAUUUAAUUUUCUUCUUUUAACUUAACUAUUAGAACCUCUUUUGUUGUUACCAGUGACUAAUUACUAAUGUACUUUUCACUUAAAAGGUUGUGACUAUAUUGACCUUUGCUGGGGAGCAUCAACCAGUCUACAUCACCCACAUGUAAAUACAGAUCAUUUCAGUCUUAUACAUGAGCUCUAGUACAUGGAGUGGAAGAAAUGGCACUGGGGCAUUUAACCACAAAUGUUCAUUGUCACUCCGUGUAUUUGUACUAUGCUCUUAACAUAGAUAACAUGAAAAUAUGUAUUCUUUCCUUUUGUGUUAAACAUAUUUGCCUACAAUUUGCAGUCUUCUGAUGUAAAGUUAGCCAGACUACAUACAGUGGAAAAAAAGUACCCAAACCCAGUGGAGUAAAAUUCUUUCAUGGGAAUAUUUGAGCUUCUCUGGUCUGGAGGGGGAAAGUGGUUUAAUGUGGGGAGGUCCACAGCUGGGUAGCCUGGGGUUUUAUUGUCUGUUGGGUGUGUAUAAGGUCAGCUGCUUUAACCCUCGCUUUGCUUAAUUUGCUUGUUCCUGCCCAUCUGAGUAGUGUUCUGUGUGUUGAGUUGAAUUUAUGAUUGUCAAGACCCCAGACCUAUCCUAUGUUCCUCUACUGAGCUAAGAACCGCCACCAUAUCCAGUCAUAAGCUUGCUUUCAAUUCUCAAGGCUACCUCUGGUGUUAUUCUAUUAUUCUGUCUCUCUAAGUGGGCCAGUCUAUUGUACAGUAUCUAAUACAUUUUGAAUGUCAUACUGUAAAUUUUAUGACAAAAUUAAAAUGAGCAACAGUACCUGCAUAUUCUGCUGUCGCUAAAUAAUUAGCAUGAUGAUCUGAUUUUUUUUUCCUUGCUACAGGUGAGGAAUACAAACACCAGUAACUGGUGUCGUGUUUGUGAUGAUUUUCCUGGUGAUCAAGAUCAAGUUAGUUAUCUUGAGAUAACAAAGUUGUUUUGUUCAUGAUGACAGUAUCAUUUUCAUGUCCUCUGGAGAAAACAAAAUAUAAUUUUCUUGUGAUAAUGGGUUAAUUUUCUUUUUGUUUUCUCAAGAUAAGGAGAAAAUGAUCCCAUUACUUCAAGAAAACGUUACGUUGUUAUCUCGAGAUCACGAGAUAAUUUAACUUGAGAUAACAGGGUUUUUAAAAAGAAUUGCAACUGUAACUAACGUUGUCUUUGUUGUUGUUCUUUAUAAAUUAGUUUAAUAAUUAGUCAUUUAAAUAAUUUGUUAUUUUGUUGUAAAUCAGAGAAUAUAUUUCAUGUCACAGAACUGUAUUUCUGCCAUGCGAACACCUUUCUUCUUCUAAGACAGAACAUGAGACCAACUAGACCCUUUGAAAACCUAAUUCCACCUAUCAUCCUGGAAUGUCGCACUAAAUCUGCCCUCAGUAAGCCUACCCUGGAGCCCCAGUAUAAACCUUCUGCAGUGGGCACCAAUAAUGUUGCUCUAAGAGAAAAAGCCUUAUUCCCACAGUAUACUCUGGGAAAUAUUUCUGUGCAGACAUCCUGACCAUGCGACAGCAGGUUCAGGGCCCCUACCAUGGCUUAUAGUUUGUUGUUUGUGGUCUGGUUCAUUAACUGAACAGACCAUUUGUGCCAUACGGUGAACUCUUGCUGGUUACUGACAAUUGAAAGACAAUAACGACUGCUCAGGCCACACAAGCAUUUCCAGACACAAUAAUAGCAUGUUGAUAUUUUGCAUAGUGUAUAUUCUUUUUUUGAGUUCGGGUAUAAAAUAUGUAGUAUUUACCUCAAUCCAUUCUAAAGACAUUACAUUAUGCUUGGCUUGUGUAUUAUAUUCUUGAUUUGGAGUAUAAGUCUAAAAAUGAUAUUAUGUUGCUCAAAUACCUGAUAACUGUUUCUGAUAGGUGUGUGUCUUAGGUUAUUGAUUCAUCUUUCAUCAUGAUAUUUGUAAUAAGUUUGCAGUAAUGUUUUUGUUAACAAUGUACACAAAGAUACAUGUAAUUAGGAUGUGAAGAUGCAUUAAAAUCUCUUAUCUUUUGGUGAGAACAUAACCAGCA